CCCCCCCCCCCAACCCUACUUCUUCUGCACAUCACAUCACUCCGAUCACCUCUCUCUCUCUCUCUCUCUCUGUCUCUCUCUCUCACACACAGAGCUAAAAAGAAAAAGUUGCCACCAUUGAGUUUUUAAUUUUGAGAGGGAAUCUUUGAUAGCUUAAUAAUACAAGAGUGGCAGGCAGACAUUGAAGAGGUCUGGGCACGAAGCAGCAAUCGUAUAUAUAUAUAUAUGUAGCUGUCUUGUUUGUUUCCGCUCUUAUACUGAACCCCAAACCCAAUUAUUCAAUACUAAACAACAGCUCCUUCAGCUUUCAGACAACGCCUUAUUACCGACUGUAUCGCCCCGUUUUUCUUUGGAGGUGGGGGGGCGGAGUGGGCUCUCUCUUGGUAUUGUAUCUAAUCGCAGAGGAAGGAAAAUGCUGACCUGCAUAGCUCGGCCUAAGAAACUCGGCGAUGACUCGCCGGAUCAGACCGAAGAAUUCGACACCUCCGGCGUCAAAAUCCAAACUAUAAAAUCUCUCACUACUCAGAUCAAGGACAUGGCGUUGAAGGCCUCGGGGGCGUAUCGGAGCUGCAACCCGUGCACGGCACCACCGCCGGCGUCAACUCAGAGUCGACUCAGGGUAAACGGAGAGUCGGACGCGGAAUCGGAGCGGUUCAGGUGGUCGAGGUCGAGGUCGAGGACGGGGAGGGUGUGGGGGAAGGAGAUGGAGGCGAGGCUGAAGGGGAUGUCUAGCUCGAGCGGCGAAGGGACUCCGACCUCCGGGAGCGGACGACGAGUGGAGCCGGUGGUGUUUGUGGAGGAGAGCGAACCCAAGGAGUGGGUCGCCCAGGUGGAGCCCGGCGUGCUCAUCACCUUCGUCUCGCUCCCCCGUGGCGGGAACGACCUCAAGCGUAUACGGUUCAGUUAUUUUUCUAUGAUUAGUCGAGAGAUGUUUAACAAAUGGCAAGCUCAAAGGUGGUGGGCAGAGAACUAUGACCGGGUCAUGGAACUGUACAAUGUUCAGAGAUUCAACAGACAGGCUUUCCCGCUUCCAACUCCACCAAGAUCUGAAGAUGAGAGCUCAAAGAUGGAAUCUGCAGAAGACAGCCCUAUCACACCCCCAUUGACCAGAGAACGGUUACCUCGUAACUUGUACCGUCCGACAGGGAUGGGAAUGGGUUACUCAUCCUCAGAUUCACUAGAAAAACACUCGAUGCAAUCUCGACAUUACUAUGACUCAGGUGGUCUUGGAUCAACCCCAAAACUAUCCAGCAUCAGCGGUACCAAGACAGAGAUAUCAUCCAUGGAUGCUUCUAUAAGGAGUAGCUCAUCAAGGGAUGCAGAUCGCUCAGGGGAGCUGUCCAUCAGUAAUGCUAGUGAUCUUGAGGCUGAAUGGGUUGAACAAGACGAACCAGGGGUCUACAUCACAAUUAAAGCAUUGCCAGGAGGCAAAAGGGAGCUCAGACGAGUGAGAUUCAGCCGAGAAAAGUUUGGGGAGAUGCAUGCUAGAUUAUGGUGGGAAGAGAACCGUGCCAGGAUACAUGAACAAUACUUGUGAAUGAGCAAAAAGGGCUGAUGAUGGCGAUUUCCAUGGUGUGGAGGUGUUCCUUACUACUAGAGUGCUUUCUUUUGUUUAUUUUUCCACACAAGUAAAGUCUCUUCUAUAGCUAAUUAGGUAUGCAAACAGGUGCUACCGGCACCUCUCGAUGUUCUUUUUUUCCGGGCUGCCUGGGGUAAGGGAUGGUGGGGGCCGGGGCACCCAACCAUUUGCUGCAGAAUAUUCUCAUGAAAGGGGAUGUGGGUGGUAGAAGUUAUAACCCUGAUCAAGUCAAUGUCAAUGAAAAGCAAUAUGUUCAUUCUUCUAAA